AUGGCUGCGCUUCUUGUGCUCGUGGGGAUCGCGUUCGCCGUGGAGGUGGGCCAGGGCCAGGUCCAGGGCCAGGGCCGGGUCCGGGGCCUCGGCGGCGAGUUCCUGCGGGACAUCGUGCGCUUCUUCGGCCACAACGAGUCCAUCCCGGCGCAAAACCUGGAGGAGCUCCUCCACAUCGUCGCCGCCCGCAGGCACCGCGACGUCAGCCACGACGGGAACCCGCUCCACGGACGCGAGUGCCUGUCGGCCGAGCAGAUCUUGUCCCACUUCGGCUUCCCCAACGCCAGCCGGCUGAGCGCCGCGCAUCUGGAGGCCGUUUGUCCCGCCGUGUUGACCCAGGUGCUGGUGCCCUCCUGCCCCUACACGGCCCCCGAGCCGCCUCCGCCCGCCCUGCGCUAUUCGGCGUGGGGUUGGGGCUUCCUGUCGGUGACGGUGAUCAACCUGGCGGCGUUGCUGGGCCUGCUGCUCAUCCCGUUCACCGCAAAGUCCUACUUCCCCAAAGUGCUGACCUACUUCAUCGCCCUGGCCAUCGGCACGCUCUUCUCCAACGCCGUGCUGCAGCUCAUCCCCGAGGCGUUGGGCUUCGACCCGAAAGCGGACAACUACCUGUCCAACGCCAUCGGCAUCUUUGGAGGCUUUUACCUUCUCUUCGUGGUGGAGAGGGUCCUCACCAUGGCUCUGCGCGUCCAACACCAGCCCGGCCCGUCGCACUUUGUUCCGGCCGGCGACUCGCUGCCGAACGGCGACGCCGGGGAGAAGAAGGACUCCGGCCCGGUUCUGACGAGCGUCGGCGUCGGCGGCUCGGCCGAGCGGGUUAGCGUCGGCUCGGAACGCGGCGACGUCGACGUCUUUCCCGAGCAGGCGUCGAGCGCCACGUGCCGCUGCCUCGGCGGCCGGCGGCUGGCCGGCGUCAAGACGGUGGCGUGGAUGAUCACGCUGAGCGACGCGCUGCACAACUUCAUCGACGGCCUGGCCAUCGGCGCCUCCUUCACCGUCUCCACGCUGCACGGAUUCAGCACGUCCACCGCCAUCGUCUGCGAGGAGUUCCCGCACGAGCUCGGCGACUUUGUGAUCCUGCUGAACUCGGGCAUGAGCGUGGCCCAGGCGGUCUUCUUCAACCUGCUGUCGGCGCUGGCGUGCUACGCGGGCCUGGCGUUCGGCAUCCUGCUGGGCAGCAACUUCGCCCCCAACGCCAUCUUCGCCGUGGCGGGCGGCAUGUUCCUGUACAUCGCGCUGGCCGACAUGUUCCCAGAGAUGGACGCCGUCGCCCGGGAACAGACGCGCACCUCCGCCAAGGUCAUCUUCUUCCUGAUCCAGAACGCCGGACUGCUCAGCGGCUUCGGCGUCAUCCUGCUCAUCACCGUGUUUGCCGGCGACAUCAACCUGGGAUGACCGCCCGCCGGCAAGGAGAUGAAAUUCCCAAAAUGCUUUCUGCUCGCCUUCGUCUUGGAGCGCGAAGAUUCCAAAAGCUUUUGUGCAAACAAAACAAAAGAUCGCCACACACAAUAUGCAAUCAUUUCAUUUAUGAACUCUACUCUGAUUUGUCUUAAAGAGACGGUGGAUUAUUGUUCGUGGUUCCCCCCCCCCGUCACUGAAAUAUUGUUACAUAUUCUGGUUGAUGCUGUACUGUAUUGUGUGUAUUUUUUACCUCUGAUUUUCUUGAUAGAAUUUUUUUUUUUUUUUUUUUUUUUGGUCUUGACUUUGUUGUACGAUCAAACUUUAUUUUAGGAGCGUUAACUCAAUGACAUGAUGUAGAUUUCUAUUUUGUGUUUUUCGAGGGUUUACAUUGCUUUGCUCAGGGUUUAUUCAGCUCACACUGAAAGAAAAUGUGACUGUGUGAAUCGGACAUGCAUGCAAAAACAAUGCCGGAAAAUAUCAAAGUCUAUUUUGAAUAUUAUAAAUA